CUUCUCAGCCACAAGGAGCUCGUGGACAGGUUCCACAAGCCACACUCCAAUUCUUUCCAACACUCUUCUUCCCUACCGGACGAAACCCUAGCUUCCACCAUGGCUCUUCUCCCUCGCGCCGCUCGUUUCGCCGCCAUCUCAGCCCAGAGCACCGCAGGCCUCACGGCGGCGCUUCCUUACUCUUCAUCAUCCCCGGCGCCAUAUUCCCGGCCGCCCCCUCCAUCGACUUCAUCGCCGACGGGGAUCUCGAAGGCGGCGGAGUUCGUCAUCUCGAAGGUUGACGAUCUGCUCAAUUGGGCACGGCGCGGUUCAAUCUGGCCGAUGACGUUUGGGCUCGCUUGUUGCGCGGUCGAGAUGAUGCAUACGGGUGCCGCGCGCUACGAUCUGGAUCGAUUCGGUGUCAUCUUUAGGCCUAGCCCUCGCCAGUCUGAUUGCAUGAUUGUGGCUGGUACUCUUACCAAUAAGAUGGCUCCUGCUCUGCGCAGGGUUUAUGACCAAAUGCCAGAACCUCGAUGGGUAAUUUCUAUGGGCAGCUGUGCGAACGGAGGCGGUUAUUAUCAUUAUUCGUACUCCGUUGUGCGGGGCUGUGACCGAAUCGUCCCCGUCGAUAUCUACGUCCCUGGUUGCCCUCCCACUGCUGAAGCUCUACUGUAUGGCAUCCUCCAGCUGCAGAAGAAGAUCAACCGCAGGAAGGAUUUUCUUCAUUGGUGGACUCAGUGAAAAAGCUUAUUUCUUCACUGUGAGUUAAUCUGGUAUUUAGUGUCUUACCUGUUUGUUGCCAAAAAUAAUUACAGUUAACAGUUUGGGUUGCUGCAUCAUGUAAAUUGAAGGGCAAAAUUUUAAUUUGCAGUAUGUGAUGGCCGUUCCUGCAUAUGUAACAGCGGAUUAUACUUUUAUAUGCAUCUUUUUUUACUUCUAUAUGCUGCCAGCUUGUCUGCUGUUAAUAAAAACAUACAUACUUGAAAAGAUUAUGUGAAUUUACUAUUAAAUAUGCCAUGAUUCCUCA